GAGCACGAGUCGGAGUCAAGACAUUUUUCAUUGCACCAGUCGAUUCGAUCAUAAGUGCAAAGAGGUUUAUGAUGCAAAACUAAUCAUUGGUGGCAGCGCCGAGCAGCGAAAGGCGAAAUUCAAUAUGGCACUUGGUGUGUGGCUGCUUAUAAUUAAUAUAUGAGGGAUUACAAACACUUGUUGAGUUCUCCUUUGUGAGCACGUCUCUUCUUCCUGAGAUCUGCUGAGGUCGGCUUCCGAAUCAUACUGCAAUUUGCAUUUCCGUCUACUUGCAUAAAUCCACCAUUGGAAUAAAAUGUCUGGCGGAAAAUUUGCUCUGUUAAGUGUCUCCGACAAAACAAAUCUUUUGCCGUUCAGCAAAAAAUUACAUGAAUUGGGACUAACGUUAGUCGCAUCAGGUGGAACAGCUAAAUCUUUGAGGGAUGCUGGUCUCCCCGUUAAAGAUGUUUCUGACAUUACUGGAGCCCCUGAAAUGCUCGGAGGACGAGUGAAAACUCUUCAUCCUGCAGUUCACGCGGGAAUACUCGCCAGAUUGACGGAGUCUGACAAAAGUGACUUGCGAAAUCAGAACUAUGAAUUGAUCCGUAUCGUAGUCUGUAAUUUGUAUCCGUUUGUGAAAACGACAUCGAAUCCAGACGUGGCGCUGGAAGAUGCGGUGGAAAACAUCGAUAUCGGUGGCGUUACCCUCUUGCGAGCUGCAGCUAAGAAUCACUCGCGAGUAACUGUUAUCUGUGACCCGGAUGAUUACGAUAAAAUUAUCGAGGAGUUAAAAAACUCUGCUGAAAAAGAUACCAAGCUUGAAACAAGACAAAGUCUCGCACUGAAGGCAUUUACUCACACAGCGGAAUACGACAAUGCAAUUUCGGAUUAUUUCCGAAAACAAUAUAGCGCUGGUGUUUCACAAAUGUCUCUUAGAUAUGGAAUGAAUCCACAUCAGAAGCCUGCCCAGCUUUACACAAUCCUGGAAAAGUUACCAUUAACGGUGGUUAAUGGUUCGCCCGGUUUUAUAAAUCUGUGUGAUGCAUUGAACGGUUAUCAGCUAGUAAAGGAAUUGAAGGCAGCUCUUAAUUUGCCAGCUGCAACUUCAUUCAAACACGUCAGUCCAGCUGGAGCUGCUGUUGGAGUUCCUUUGGAUUCCGUCAAUGCGAAAUUGUGCCAGGUAGAUGAUCUUGUUGACCAUCUGACGCCACUCGCAACUGCCUAUUCGCGAGCCAGAGGCGCUGACAGAAUGUCCAGCUUUGGAGAUUUCGUUGCUCUGUCUGAUACUUGCGACGUCCCUACCGCCAAAAUUAUCUCCAGGGAAGUCUCAGAUGGAAUAAUCGCCCCAGGAUAUACCGAAGAUGCUCUUCAGAUUUUAAAGAAAAAAAAGAACGGGGCCUAUUGUAUUUUGCAAAUCGAUCCAAAUUACGAACCGGCCCCGAUAGAACGUAAAGUUCUUUAUGGAUUGACUUUGGAACAGCAGCGUAAUAAUGCCAUUAUUGACAAAAGCACUUUUGCAAAUUUGGUUACGAAAACUAAUAAAUUGUCGGAAGCUGCUCUGCGAGACUUGAUCGUCGCGACAAUUGCUGUAAAAUUCACGCAGAGUAACUCUGUUUGCUACGCGAAAGAUGGACAAGUAGUCGGAAUUGGAGCCGGACAACAAUCGCGAAUUCACUGCACGAGACUUGCUGGCGAUAAGGCUGAUAAUUGGUGGCUGCGUCAACAUCCAAAAGUGACUGGUAUGAAGUUUAAGAAGGGUGUGAAAAGAGCAGAGAUUUCAAAUGCUAUUGACAACUACGUGAACGGAACGGUCGGAAAGGAUAUGGAUGAAGCAGCCUGGGCUUCUAUGUACGAAGUUGUACCAGAAAAACUUAGUGAAGAAGACAGGCGUGAAUGGAUAAAGAAGUUAGAUAAUGUUGCUUUGAGUAGCGACGCAUUCUUUCCAUUCAGAGACAAUGUGGACAGGGCUAAAUUGAGUGGAGUUCGAUACAUCGCAAGUCCUGCUGGAUCCACCAAUGAUGAGGUAGUAAUUACCGCCUGCAACGAGCACAAUAUCACUUUGGCUCACACAAAUCUCAGAUUAUUCCACCACUAGUGCGUCUGGACGAAAUCCUCAGUAUUUACGUUCUUUAUGAAAUCGUUUGAAAGCAUUUAAAUGUUUGAAAGUUAGUUGAUGUAGAUUUUGUAAUGUUAAAUGUUGAAUUUGAAUAUUAAAACACAAUUGAACAGGCUUCAAUUAUUUUUUAUAUUGCGUUUUAUGCAGAUUGUAAAUGGAGAUAAGAUUUUCUAUAUUGCGUGAAUUAAAUGAAUGUAAGAGAUCUAUUUUGCUAUGAAUUUUAUAGAUUGAAUGUAUAGAUUUUUCUCACUUUUUGCAAUAAAAGGCUCAUUAAUGUUUCCUAUAAAAA